AUGUGCGAACCCAAUCACACCCCAGGGCAAUGGACCAGCGUAAAGGAGCCACACACCUCCACUCCAGUCACUCACAAACAUGUCGAUGGAUACCACCACGCCGCCAUUCAGAGCACCCCACAGAGGCCGCAGUGGAGUGAUCCAGCAACACAACAGUGUCCUUCCCACUCACAGUGCACACACACACACAAUGACAGUCCCACAUGCUCAUAUCAGAGAGGCACCGCGGCAUUCCCUAAAAUGUACACCAAGUCACACACCUACAGAGAGGAAAAGAAAAGCACAAGAAAAGAAAAACAACAGGGUACCAACAGUACACAAAGCACCCACAAUACACAAUAA